GUAAAGAGUCGUGUAUAUAAAUCUAAGAUUGAAUUGCACUUUGACUAUCUUUCAUUAUCAAAGUUUUAAGUUGGACCACUCUUUAUCUAAUCAUUUUAGUUUAGACUAGUUAAUGUUACCUCUGUACUGGUUUAGACUAUCUCAGCUCACUUAUCUCUUCAUACCAACUAAUCCUAUAUUAAAGGUAUGGCCUACAUAUAGCUUCAGGAGGGGAAUUCCUAAUGUAAAAAAGCCGGUAUAAUGAAAACCAUGGAUAUACUACUCGAGAAGACGGAGGCAAUCCAAAUUACAACAAAUAUAAUUUUACUUAAUCCAAAGUAAAAAAUGUAUUAUUUAAAUAGUGGUAUAAAGUGAAAUUUUAGUAAUAAAAUUGAACUUUAAUUUACUCUACAUCCAAUUCAUAACCAAACUAAUCCGAAUAUAAUUAUGUGAGAAAAUUCUCUAUUAGAAAAAUAAAAAGAGUAAAAUAAAACUUGGAAAUCUCCCUUCCCAUCACCGCGGAGGCGCAGAUACAUUCGCCGCCGUCGCGCCACCACCGGCGGCGGCGGUAUGGCGGCCGCACCGCCGCCACGGAGGCUUGGCGCGCUCGCCAGCGCCGGCCUCCUCCACGGGAUCGACGCCCAGCUCCGACGCGUAGCUGAUUCACUAGAUCGAAUCCCUCUAAGCUGGAGAUUCCUGGUAUCAAGCUGGGCGAGGAUGAAGAUGUCACAGAAGAAGCGGUGCUGACCUCUUUGAAAAGGGCGAUUCGGCGUUAUUCUACUCUUCAGGCACAUGAUGGACACUGGCCUGGGGAUUAUGCUGGUCCCAUGUUCCUUCUUCCAGGCUUGGUUAUAGUACUGCAUGUGACUGGUGCACUAAAUACUGUGCUAUCAACAGAACAUCAAAAGGAGAUUCGCCGGUAUCUCUAUAAUCAUCAGAAUGAAGAUGGAGGCUGGGGGCUGCACAUUGAGGGCACAAGCACCAUGUUCUGUACUGUCUUGACUUAUGUUACCUUGAGAUUACUUGGAGACGAAUCAGAUGGUGGAGAUGGAGCCAUGGUGAUAGCUCGAAAUUGGAUUUUAGAUCAUGGAGGAGCAACUUUCACAACAUCAUGGGGAAAAUUUUGGCUUUCAGUACUUGGUGUCUUUGACUGGUCUGGUAACAACCCAUUGCUUCCAGAAUUGUGGAUGCUACCUUAUUUCCUCCCAUUUCAUCCAGGACGGAUAUGGUCCCACUGCCGAAUGGUAUACUUGCCUAUGUCUUAUAUUUACGGAAAGAAGUUUGUCGGCCCAAUUACACCAAUAGUACUGACCCUACGAAAGGAGCUCUACAAUAUACCCUAUGAUGAUAUUAAUUGGGACAAGGCUCGUAACCAAUGCGCUAAGGAGGAUCUGUACUACCGUCAUCCAUUAGGGCAAGAUAUCCUAUGGGCCACUCUUUACAAAUUUGUUGAACCAGUUCUAUCGCAUUGGCCUGGCAGCAAAUUGAGAGAGAAAGCUCUGAAGAAUGCCAUGCAGCAUAUUCAUUACGAAGAUGAGAAUACUCGAUACAUUUGCAGCGGUGCUGUACAGAAGGUAUUAAAUAUGCUUUCUUGCUGGAUAGAAAAUCCUAACUCAGAGGCAUUCAGAUUUCAUAUUCCAAGGGUUCAUGAUUACUUGUGGGUCGCUGAAGAUGGCAUGAAGAUGCAAGGUUACAAUGGCAGCCAGCUCUGGGACACAGCUUUCACAGUUCAAGCUAUACUGGCUACCAACCUUAUAGAAGAUUUUGGUCCUACUAUUAAAUUAGCCCAUGGCUACAUAAAAAACUCACAGCUUCUUCAUGACUGCCCCGGAGAUUUGAGUUACCGGUAUCGCCAUAUAUAUAAAGGUGCAUGGACCUUUUCUACUGCUGAUCAAGGUUGGGCUGUAUCAGAUAGCACUGCAGAAGGAUUAAAGGCCUCAUUGUUGUUAUCAAAAAUUUCUCUGGAAAUUGUUGGUGAACCAUUAAAAGUCAAUAGACUUUAUGAUGCUGUCAAUUGUCUGCUGUCUUGGAUGAAUAACAAUGGUGGUUUUGCAACAUAUGAACUCACAAGGUCUUAUGCCUGGCUGGAGAUUCUCAAUCCUUCUGAGACCUUUGGGGACAUAAUGAUUGAUUACCCUUACGUGGAAUGUACUUCGGGGGUGAUCCAGGGUUUGACAGCAUUUAGGAAGCACUAUCCUGGACACCGCAGGGAAGAAAUAGACAAUUGUAUCCAAAAGGCUGAUAGUUUCAUUCAGAGUAUUCAGAGAAGUGAUGGUUCAUGGUACGGCUCCUGGGCUGUUUGUUUCACUUCUCGGACAUGGUUCGGAGCGAAGGGAUUAAUUGCUGCUGGAAGAACGUACGAGAACUGUCCUGCAAUCAGAAAGGCAUGCAACUUCUUGUUGUCAAAAGAGCUUCCUUGUGGUGGUUGGGGAGAAAGCCAUUUGUCUUGCAAAGGUAAGGUUUACACCAAUCUUGAAGGAGAACGUCCCCACGGAGUAAACACCAGUUGGGCCAUGCUUGCGCUAAUUGAUGCCGGACAGGGUGAGAGAGAUCCAGCGCCGUUGCACCGAGCAGCUAGGAUUCUUAUCAACCUACAAUUAGAGGAUGGGGAGUUCCCUCAGCAAGAGAUCAUCGGAGCAUUCAGCAAAAACUGCGCCAUCAGCUACUCUCAGUACAGGAACAUAUUCCCUAUUUGGGCUCUCGGAGAGUACCGCUGCCGAGUCUUGUUAGGCAGGCAGGAUGCAUCGGUGACCGGCAACACUGCUAGCUGAUGAUACUGAUGAAGUUAUUUUCUUUUUAAAAACAAAAAAAAAAGAAGUCAAGAGUGCAGGUGUUGCGUGGCUUUCUGUACCUGAAACUUACUAUUACCAUAAUAGCAGCAUUAUGGUUUAUUUACAGCUGAAAGUGCACUGUGAUAUCGAAAACAAUAUGUGCUGAUCAUCGUGAAAUAAUGUCGUAUUUAAGGGA